AUGAGCGGGUGUACGCCGACAGCUGCGAUGAAGCAAACAAUGCCUCCUCGAUCCCGGGGAAGCGAAGUGCCUCCUUUGGCUAUUGCUUACAUUGUAGCUUUAGUUACGACUUCCCUUCUUACGGAGUCCCUAAACAAAACUCUAACGGAUAAUUUUGGAGUUUGGGGAGAUCUCCUCGGACAUAGACCAGAAGUAGAUGACCGCAUACAUAGUAUAGGUGUUUCCUUCCCUCAACCAAUCAGAACUACCCCAGCUGUUCAAAUAGUAACCCUCAUAUGUUCCCGAUUCCUUAGGGAAGUCUCUUCUCUUCGGCCUUCUAAUGAAAUCAACGGUUCGAGGAAUUGUGGCAAUGCUGAGCUAGAUCUGUCCGGAACGGAAGGACAUCACCUCAAGUCUAACCGUAUUGUCAACGGAAGCAGUGGGGGCGGCGGGCGAGGGGAAGGCCCACCCUCGCCGGCCCAACCCCACCCAGUCGUCUACAGGGUCAUCGGCUCCAGGCACAUAAAGAAAGCAGACAGCAGCCAGCAGACAGAUACAAGUGCUUUCAGACAAGUCUGUCCAUCGAAUCAGUGGAAAAGCAGCAGCCUGCCAAGGGGCGAUAGUAGAAGUGACCUAGAGAGGCGAGAACUGGAAGGCAGGUCGAGGGAGAAGAGAAGUCAGCAGGCAUCCAACGGUGUUCAGAGGAAGCAGGAAAAGAAAAGAAGCAAUGCUGGAUCUAAAGAGGAAUUAGACGUUGACUACUGUAAUGAGGAGAGAACUACUAAAGGAGGGAGCAGCAGCGGAAGCAGUAGCAGCAGCAGCAGCGGAAGCAAAGGGAAGAGCAAGGGAGUGCCGCCGACGUUCGGCUACGUCAAGAGGUCCAUCAACGGCAACGUCAGCGACUCCAGGACUGCUCAAACAGAGUACUCGCUGAGCCCUCAGCUGUCGGCGGGUACCAGGGAGAGGCUGAUGAUGGCCUCUCCAAAGCAGAGGCACAUCGACGGCUCACUCUCAGACUCCAAUUACGCAGAAAUCUCGAGCCCGUACAGCUCUUGGUUGAGGCACAGCGGAGCGUAUACUGCUUGGGUCGAUGAUAGAGGCGGAGAGCAUAGAGUCGCUGCCGGCGCAGCUCCACCAUCGAGCCAGCCUCACCCAUGCCAGGCUCAUCGGGUCUCCUGCGACCGCUCCAAGGCUCAGCAGAAGCAACAGCAUCAGCUAUCUCAGAGAUCGGACGUUCCCAAGGUAGGAUCGACUAAAUCAGAAAAGCUUUACCCGUCGAUGCUACAACGUUCGGAAGAGGUCGAACCUUAUUAUAGCAUACCCUAUAACAUCGGUGUGGGUCAUCACCAUUCCUCGCAACCAACCAGCCCGACUCCUAGUCAGCUUUCUCAAGGAGCUCCCAAUAGGUUUAAUUAUCCAAUAUCUCCUGUUAGUUCUUCACCUUCUAGUCACGGAAUGAGCCGCAAUUAUAUCGGCAUCAUGACCAAAAUGAAUUCGAAAGAUGAUGAUGUUCAUGGAUCAGCUGUAAGUCUUGUUUCGACUGCCUCAUCCCUGUAUAGUACGCCCGAAGAGAAACAAGCCCACGAAGUGAGGAAACUUCGAAAAGAAUUAUCCGAUGCUCAAGAGAAGUUCAAACUACUUUUAUUAUGA